CAGUGCCGCGUCGCCUCAUUUGCACACAGGCCUCGCGCCCCUGCUCCGCUCCGCGCCGCGAGCUGUCAUCAUUUCACCGGGAGAGGCGAAGGGCAUCCGGGAUACCGGCCGAGAGGGAGCCGCUACAGCGCGUUUCUCCAGUGGACAAACGGACCAGUGGACAUUCACUUCCUGUCCUGGGCGUGACCCGGUGAUCUACUUCCUGUCGUGGUUCUGACGACGUCCGGCCCGUCGGUCUGCCCACCUCCGUGUGUGUGCGACUCUUUAAGGACUGCUUAUGCACCGUUUAAGGACUUGUGCGGCACGGUUGCGUCCGCUAACCGCCUCGCAGGCGGCUCAGACUGUCGGCCAGCAGCGGCCAAUCACAGCCACCUCUACGGGGGGCACAAGGACGUUUCAGCCAAUCAGGUGCUACACGGCGCCUGUGGCCUCGGAGCCGUUCCUGAACGGGACGAGCUCCAACUACGUGGAGGAGAUGUACUACGCCUGGUUGGAGGACCCCAAGAGUGUUCACAAGUCGUGGGACGUGUUUUUCCGUAACGCCAACGCUGGUGCUCCUCCUGGCUCCGCCUACCAGUCUCCUCUGGGUUUGUCGGCGGCCUCCAGCCUGGCGGCUCCUCAGCUCUCCUCUCUGGUCGGAGCUCAGCCCAACGUGGAGAAGCUGGUGGAGGAUCAUCUGGCCGUGCAGUCGCUCAUCAGGGCCUACCAGAUCCGAGGGCACCAUGUGGCCCAGUUGGACCCUCUGGGCAUCAUGGACGCCGAUCUGGACUCGUGUGUCCCCACUGACAUUAUCACGUCCUCCGACAAGCUGGACGUGGCUGUGUUCAAGGAGAGGCUGAGAAUCCUAAUGGUAGGAGAGUCAGACCACCACUUUAUUGUUCGCUGCAGUCGGAGCGGCUUCUACGGUCUGGAUGAGUCGGACCUGGACAAUGUGUUCCGUCUGCCGACCACCACCUUCAUCGGAGGCUCUGAGAGCGCUCUGCCCUUGAAGGAGAUCAUCCGCCGCCUGGAGAUGGCGUACUGUCAGCACAUUGGGGUGGAGUUCAUGUUCAUCAACGACCUGGAGCAGUGCCAGUGGAUCAGGCAGAAGUUUGAGACUCCGGGUGUGAUGCAGUUCACUCUGGAGGAGAAGAGGACUCUGCUGGCCCGGAUGGUCCGAUCCACCAGGUUUGAGGAGUUCCUGCAGAAGAAGUGGUCUGCUGAGAAACGCUUCGGUCUGGAGGGAUGCGAGUCUCUGAUUCCUGCCCUGAAGACCAUCAUCGAUAAAUCCUCAGAGAAUGGAGUGGAGAACGUCAUCAUGGGCAUGCCUCACAGGGGUCGGCUGAACGUUCUGGCCAACGUGAUCCGUAAAGAGUUGGAGCAGAUCUUCUGCCAGUUCGACUCCAAACUGGAAGCAGCCGAUGAGGGUUCCGGAGACGUGAAGUACCACCUGGGGAUGUACCACCGUCGAAUCAACAGAGUCACCGACCGGAACAUCACCCUGUCCCUGGUGGCCAACCCAUCCCACCUGGAGGCCGUGGACCCGGUGGUCCAGGGCAAGACCAAGGCCGACCAGUUCUACUGCGGAGACAACGACGGGAACAGGGUGAUGUCCAUCCUGCUCCAUGGAGACGCAGCGUUCGCCGGUCAGGGCAUCGUCUAUGAGACCUUCCAUCUGUCCGACCUGCCGUCCUACACCACGCACGGCACCGUGCACGUCGUCGUCAACAACCAGAUCGGCUUCACCACCGACCCUCGCAUGGCCCGCUCGUCUCCAUACCCGACCGACGUGGCUCGAGUCGUCAACGCUCCCAUCUUCCACGUCAACGCCGAUGACCCCGAGGCCGUCAUCUACGUCUGCAAGGUGGCCGCCGAGUGGAGGGCCACGUUCCACAAGGACGUGGUGGUCGACCUGGUGUGUUACCGCCGGAUGGGUCACAACGAGAUGGACGAGCCGAUGUUCACUCAGCCGCUGAUGUACAAACAGAUCAAGAAGCAGAAGCCUGUUCUGCUGAAAUACGCUGAGAAGCUGAUCGCAGAGGGAGCAGUGAGCCGACAGGAGUACGAGGAGGAGAUUGCCAAAUACGAUAAGAUCUGCGAGGAGGCGUACGCUCGCUCUAAAGACGAAAAGAUCCUCCAUAUCAAGCACUGGCUGGACUCUCCAUGGCCCGGUUUUUUCACUCUGGACGGACAACCCAAGUCCAUGAGCUGCCCGUCCACCGGCCUGACCGAAGAGAACCUGAACCACAUCGGACAGAUCGCCUCCUCCGUCCCAGUGGAGGACUUCACCAUCCACGGAGGUCUGAGUCGGAUCCUGAAGGGCCGGGCCGAGAUGGUCCGGAACCGGAGCGUGGACUGGGCCCUAGGAGAGUACAUGGCCUUCGGCUCGCUACUGAAGGAGGGAAUCCACAUCAGACUCUCGGGUCAAGACGUGGAGAGAGGAACCUUCAGCCACCGGCACCACGUCCUCCACGACCAGAACGUGGACAAGAGGAUCUGCAUCCCCAUGAACCACCUGGCUCCGGACCAGGCGCCCUACACCGUCUGCAACAGCUCGCUGUCCGAGUACGGAGUCCUGGGCUUCGAGUUGGGUUUUGCGAUGGCGAGUCCGAACGCUCUGAUCCUGUGGGAGGCUCAGUUUGGAGACUUCCACAACACGGCUCAGUGCAUCAUCGACCAGUUCAUCUGUCCGGGUCAGGCCAAGUGGGUCCGACAGAACGGCAUCGUGCUGCUGCUGCCGCACGGCAUGGAGGGGAUGGGUCCAGAACAUUCUUCGGCCCGUCCAGAGAGGUUCCUCCAGAUGUGCAACGACGACCCAGAUGUGAUGCCAAACAUCUCCGAGGACUUCGCCGUCCGUCAGCUGUACGACUGUAACUGGAUCGUGGUGAACUGUUCUUCUCCUGGAAACUACUUCCACGUUCUCAGACGGCAGAUCCUGCUGCCCUUCAGGAAGCCGCUGAUCGUCUUCACUCCUAAAUCUCUGCUGCGUCACCCAGAAGCCCGGUCCAGCUUUGACGAGAUGCUUCCUGGAACUCACUUCCAGAGGCUGAUCCCAGAAGCAGGUCCAGCAUCUCAGAGUCCAGAGGAGGUCCGGAGGUUGAUCUUCUGCACCGGGAAGGUUUACUAUGAGCUGACCAAAGAGAGGAAGAACCGAGGCCUGGAAGACACGGUGGCCAUCGCUCGCAUAGAGCAGCUGUCUCCGUUCCCGUUUGACCAGGUGAAGUCCGAGUCGGAGCGUUUCACCAAUGCCGACCUGGUUUGGUGCCAGGAGGAGCACAAGAACCAGGGUUACUAUGACUACGUGAAGCCUCGCAUCAGGACCACCAUCCAGAGAGCCAAGCCUGUCUGGUAUGCCGGCAGAGAACCGGCGGCGGCUCCGGCGACGGGGAACAAGAACACUCACCUGAUGGAGCUGCGCCGUUUCCUGGACACAGCCUUCGAUCUGGACGCCUUCAAAGACCAGCAGUAGACCUGCGACACCUGGACAGACCUGUCUCACCUGGACACACACAGACAACACAGAACACACAGUACUGCAGAGUACUACUACAGAAGUUCAGAACUCCAUUAAGAAACCGUCAGAUUUUACUCUGAAGGUUUCUGAUUUUAUUACAGAUUCAGCUGCUUCUAACGACAAUAUUACAAAAAUAAAAUAAUACCAGGUUUAAGUAAUAUUAUAAUAAACCAGAUUUUUUUAAUAUUAUAAUAUUAAUAAAACCAGGUUGAAAUAUUGUAAUAUUAUAAUAAACCAGGCUGUAGUUGAAGCUCCAGUACUGCGUUCGGUCGUACAGCAGCUUCAGACUCAACUCCACCAAAGAUAAAUCAGAGUUUCCUCCAUGUUUUACUUUCUCUCUGAUUUGAGGUUUUGUCUUUUAGACGGAGCCGAGCCUGAAAACCACCGAUCAUCAGAGACGUUUAACUUUCCCUGUGACUGAUUAAAACACAAGAGCUCACUCUGAGUAAAAUCUGCUCUUAAAUCGGCAAAAUACUGAAUGAAGUCUGGUUGCGUUUGUUUGAAUUAGUGUUUCCUAAAAUGGAAAACAGAAAAAUAGAACCAGUUAAAAUAUGAUCUUAAAUUGAUAUUUCAAUCGAAGUCUGGUACUGUUUGAUCAAAUCACUUUUAAAUUAUUUUUUUCAUCAGAAAGAGUCUAGAUCAUCCAUAGAGUUUUCUACAAUUAGCUUCACGUGUUUCGUUUGAUUUAUUAGUUAAUUAAAAAGUUUUUUGUUUUAUUUCUACACGAGCAGCCACAACUGAGGAUGGCUAAAACCGGCAGCGUUUCGAAUGAAGUGUGGUGGUCUCGUGUUCGUGAUCCAGAACUUCACCGGAGUAAAAUCUGGUCCUAAAUCAACAAAAAAAGGUCCCAGGAAGUAAUCUGAUUACUUCCAAGUAGAGAAAAUACUCUGCUGGUCUACUUGGAAGUAAUCAGAUUACUGUCAGGUAUCUGACAGAGCUGCUGUAAACUGAAUGUUUAGGAGAAUAUUUUCUCUACUAGGAAGUAAUCAGAUUACAAAAUCCGAUUUAGAAACUGAGAAUUUUGAAAGGAGUCUGUUGAUGAAAGUUUAAAUGUACGUAGACAGGAAGUUUGUAAAAAAACAUUUGAGCAAAAAACCAGAAACGAUCAACACUUCAAUGUUUGGCUGUCAACAGUUGCCAGAGAAGUUGCAGUGUGUCUGAGAAACUUGGCAACAAAACCGUGGUUGAGGCAACGUAUUAAAAAAAAAAAAAAAAGUUUUUUUUUUUUUUUUUUUUUAAAUUCUGCUGCAGGAAAAGUUCUGGUGGAGUUGAGCCUGAAACUUUAUGACCUUUGACCCCUGCUAACACACACAAACUCAUCUCCAUGUGAGAUGGGGACCGAAAUUUCCAUCAUCACCUGUGAGGACCUGGUCUUUGGUCCCCAUGAUGUAGCUGUGUACACAUAAGUUUGUCCCCACAAUGUAAUGAUUAAAAGUAUGCACACACAUAAACUCGUAUCCAUGUGAGAUGGGGACCGACAUUUUCAUCAUUUGUGGGGACCAUCUCUAAAAACUCCAUAGAUAUCUUUAACCCUUUUCAUUUUAAAAGGUGUCCCUCAUGGGGACCUGGUCUUUCGUCCCCAUACAGCAAGAGGUCCCCAUGAUGUGACUGUAAACACAAUGUUGUCCCCACAACAUGAUGAUUACGGGUUCACACACACAGACAGACACACACACACAGACGCACUCUCUCUCUCCCAGCUGUUACUCCAGAGAAAACAGUUCAGAUUUCAAGCAGAGUGAAACCUCCUGUUUUACUCCAUCUUCAUCAUCUUCAUCACCUCCUCCUGAUGCAGGACCACUUCCUGUUCGUCGUAUUCUUCUUUUUCUUUGCCCAAAAAAAGUUGCAGGAAAAAUGUUUCUUUUGUAAAAAUGGCUCGUUAGCAUCGUUAGCGCUCCCCGUUGUAAGCGAAUGGGGGCGGGGCUAGCUGGGUGCAGGUGUGUUCGUUAAGGAGAGUGUGUAAUUAGUCACCAUGGCGACGCUCCACACAGAGGUUUUAUUGUCUUUUAUUUUGAAGGGGUGUGUGGGAAAUUAAAUGGUGCGCUCCGUUUGGCGUCCCGACUGGAAACCAAACGGCCUCUGAUCGAUUCAACCCCUCAGCCGGCGCUCACCUGGUGCCAAAACGGAUCCGGCGUCUCACGUUUUUCCUGUUUUCCGUGUUCUGCGAGCAGCCGGACAAAGUCUGCCGGCAGGAAUCGAGAUUCUCUGGAAGAGGAGCGACGGCAAACAACGGCUUCUGUGAGACAAAGAAAAUGAUUUAUUUAUUUUCAUAAUAGGGGAUUGAACUUCUCUUCAUUAUUUUGCUUCAUUCAAUAAAGAUGCUGUAUGUAUGAA